AUGAUUCAAUUAAAGUCUAUGCUUAACUGCAUCGACAACUCCGGCGCGGCCGUGGUCGAAUGCGUGAACGUCCUCAAGAAGAAGCGGGCUGCGACAGUCGGUGAUCGAAUCGUCAUUGUCGUCCAGAAGCAGCGAAGUUUCGGUUCUGACCCCUCAGGAAACAGUGGUAUCGCCAACAAGGUCCGUCGAGGAGAUAUCCGACAUGCCGUUGUUGUCCGAGUCAAGAAGGAAAUGCAGCGACCCGACGGAAGCCUUGUGAAGUUCGAUGACAAUGCGUGUGUGCUCGUGAACAAGUCCGGAGACCCCAUCGGAACCAGAAUGAACGGAGUCGUGGCUACGGAACUACGAGGAAGGCAAUGGUCUAAGAUUCUGUCUCUUGCGCCGAUGCAUGUAUAA